UAUCGUUGGCCGGCAGCUGGCUUCUCUGUUGUAUUCGGAUCGAGGGCCACCUACCCCAGCACUUUGUGCCCCCAACCCUUCGGUAGGUACCAAAGCCGUAGGUUAAAGUGCGGAGGGCGCUCUCCAGCACUUCUGGCCAGUUGUCUACCGACCAGCACGAUCUUCCUCCAAUGCAUCCAGGACGCCUCCUAAACGGGAAGCAAGAGCUUCUGCCAAAGCUAGAUCUUCACCAGAGAGGAAGUUGUAGCAGCAGUCUUUGUAGCGUAGAUUACAGACCGACUCAACUUGUUUAACUGAGGGCACAAGCCAAGCAUAUUUACUGAAGUCUUGGUUCAUAGACCCCCGUGUGGCUUAUGAACUCAGUUCAUCAACUCCCAAAUACGAAAUAUCACCAACUUAAGGAACACAAUGGGCGAAAGACGGACCAAAAAACCUGGGAAAUUGAAGAAAGUUUUACAAGGUGUAACCACCGCCGUCCGAAUAACCAUGGGGAACGCCCACUCCAAGCAUUUGACGCAAUCUUUGCCUCCCAUCAAUAUGGAUGCCCCACCUCUCAAGUUUCAUCGGAAACGCGGGGAUAACAUCACAUUAGAGGCUGGGGGCUAUAAAGCUCGACGACGCGAGUCGUUUUGCAAAGGCAUUGUAUUCAGUGAUCGCCCAGUGGCCUUAGGCGAAUGGGUAUGUCUCCGUUUGACAGAUCUGAGUGACCGUUGGAACGGAGUGGUCAGAGUGGGUUUCACCAACCGCAAUCCAGCUCUCCUGGGGGCCCUCCCCAAGUAUGCUUGUCCAACCCUGACUAGUCAACCCGGAUAUUGGGCCAAGGCCUUAUCUGAGCGUUACACCGAUUCCGAUUCUGUGAUUCACUAUUUCGUGGCGGGUAACGGGGAUGUACAUUUUGGAGCGGGUGGCAUGAACCGCGGGGUAUUCUUCAGUGGUGUGGACACCCGUCAACCUCUUUGGGCCAUGAUCGACUUGUAUGGCAAUUGCACUGGACUGGAACUGGUCGAUCUGCGGUCCAAUCUGAACAACUACGCGGGGAUCUCACCCCAAAAUACGAGCGACAGUCAGGCUUUUGCUCCGGUCAACCCAUUACAGCAACGAUUAGUGCCGCCUCCUGAUAACCGGCCUUCACCUUUCAAUCCAAUACACCGCCCAUUGGAGCAACCGAAUCUGCCUCAAUUUGAGCAUCCACCCCCCUACCAAUUUCCGCCUCAGCAACCCUCGCACCAACCAUGGCAGCGGCCGCCACAACACCCAACAGAACCUGUUCAAGUGCUUUCCAAUCAUAUGAACGACCUCUCUUUGCAUCGACCCCCAACGUCUCAUGCUCAGCCUUACAAUCCCCCCAACUACAGGUCCUUAGUCUCUCAUCGCGAGGUUAGUUUCCGUCCUCAGAGCUUCCACUUUUGUACCGGGAAGAACGCAAUCUUGAAUGAAAGCUCACAGGUGGCAUCGAGAAAUGAUGACGAAUUUGCCCAAGGGUAUGUCUUCACGGGCGCCCCAAUUCGUCCGGGUGAGCGGAUCGUCCUGCAGGUACUGAAAACCGAAGACUCCUACAUUGGUUCCCUGGCAUUUGGUCUCACCAAUUGUGAUCCCAGCUCUAUUGACACUCGAGAACUCCCAGAAGACUCGGAUAUGCUUCUAGACCGCCCUGAGUAUUGGGUGGUCAGUAAGGACGUGGCCAAUUCGCCGUCAGUCGGCGAUGAGCUUUCCUUUGGUAUCAAUCCUGACGGCACGGUAGAGUUUUCUAAGAACGCGAGCCCAUCUUCAGUAUUCAUGCACGUGGACACCUCAUUGAGACUGUGGGCGUUUUGGGAUAUUUACGGCCAUACGUCGAAGGUUCGAAUCCUGGGUUCAACUUCUGAACCGGUAUGUUCAACCGUUCAGCCCAAUCUGCCCGGGGAUGGGCUUACGAACAGGCCAGCCCAGAGAGAGUGCCCCAACGAGCCUCUCACGGAACCGUCAGAAUGUACGAUUUGCUUUGAACGAAGGGUAGAUUGCGCGGUUUACAGGUGUGGACACAUGUGUAUGUGCUAUGCCUGUGCCAUAGUUCAAUGGCAAGGUCCCAAUGGGGGCUAUUGUCCCCUGUGUCGGCAAGCUAUACAAGAUGUUAUGAGAGUGUAUCGUGCAUGACGAUAGACGUUGUGCGGCUGGGUCUUUUUUGCAUCAAACUCGCCUGUGAUCUAUAUGUUUUCAUACCUUCUAUACUUUCAUGAUAUUUGAACUCGUGCAUGAGAAAAACGUGCCUUGACCCAUUUGCUAUUAUUGUUUUUUUUUGCAUUAAAAAAGGUAUAGAAAUGAAUGGCCUUCAAUAAUUGUUAAUAGUUUUAUUUUUCUCUGCCAAAUCUGGGAUGAAGUUUCCAAGGGUUGUUGUUGUCUAAAACAUUGUCAAAGGGAUCUGUGUGGUAAGAGGGUCGUGGGUGGGUGUAGAAUUGGGUCGUGUGGUGAUGGUAGAAGAAGACCUUUUUGUAAUAAUUAAGAUAAUAUCGUAUGUACCUAAAAUGCAUAGCAAAGGGUGACAAAACACGGACUGAAUUAGAGUCAAGAGUUCCAAAAACCCUCUUGACAAGGUUAAUCGUGGUGAGCGAUAA